AUGGCUAAUAAAACUAGACCAAAGAAAAUUAAAGCCCCAUAUCGGAAAUACGUAGGUGGUCAAGGUUAUGUAACUCAAACACAGCAAUCUUCUCCAUCACUUUCUUCCAAUUUUAUUGAAACGACAUUGGCGAAAACCGACAUCACUACUAAUCAAGAAUUAUCGCAAACAGCAGAUGAUUCGAUCCAAGAAGAUCCAAAGUCACAAGACCAUCAACAUAUCGUUGACUUCAUUAAAGAAAAAAAUAAAAAUAAAUCUGACAUCAUUGAAACUCCGCAAGGGCUUUACUACUAUGAUGAAGAUACUGAUACAAUCAUCCACAUUAAAAACUCCGAUGACAUAACAUUACCUAACUCCAAAUUAGAUAGAUCAGAAAGAGCUAAACAUUUCAAAUUGAUGAUGAAAAAUAACAAAAAAUAUUCUAAGCAUAUUCAUCAUAAUAGUCAUAAUCAUCAACAAGAUAAUAGCAGCACAAUUGCGUUAACAAAUGAUGCUAACGAAAUAAUUAAAAAAGAACAAGUGCCAGUACUUAAAAUGAAAUUACCAUGGGAAAUUCAAAAACUGGUGCUGUUCUAUAGCGAAACAAUUGAUCCAAAUUUUUUACUAGUGUGUCAAACUUGGUAUUUCCUCUCAAUGCCAUUAUUGUAUCAUUCUCCACAAUUAACAAGUAGAAACUUCAACAAAUUUGUAGACACAAUCAUAUCAAACAAAAAGAAAAAACUUGGUGAAAGUAUCAUAGAAUUAGAUUUAUCAACAAUCCUACAAAGUGGGAAGAAUUCCUUCGUAUCGAAGCUUUUACGACGAUCAUCAAUAAAUCUACAGAAAUUUAUAGCACCACAGACAAGUUUCGGUUAUGCACCAUUAGUCUCUUUAAAGUCAUGUCAUCAAUUGAAAUAUUUAGAUUUGGGACUAGUUUCAGAAACAGUUAAGCUUCAAGAACUUCUCUCAGCAAUCAAAAACUUCACAAAACUAACUCACUUAUCAUUCCCUAGAAGUUCCAUAGACUGUGAAGGAUUCAGAGAAUUUGUAUGGCCUCAAAAUCUAGAAUAUUUAAAACUAAGCGGUGGUAUUACGAAUGAAUUCGUAUCAGAAACUAAAUGGCCUAAAACUAUCAAAUUUUUAGAGUUCUCCUACUGUCCUCAAGUAGACGAACAUUCCAUUUAUACUGUCUUAUCGCAAAUCGGUGAUAAUUUGACACAUUUAUAUAUUCAUUAUCCAAUGCCUGCAUUACGUGAAAAUUCAUUGGAUUAUGUAUUUAGAUAUUGCUCCAAUUUGAUAGUCAUCCAAUUGAUGGUGGAUUAUGUUUCUAAAUGGGCAUUCUCUGAAUAUAUGUUGACUAAAUUAACUCCAAAACAAAGACCACUGAAAACAAUUUAUUUACAAUCAAGUGGAUCAUUAGGGUUGGGAGCAAAGAUCCAUCCAGAUGAUUUUACGAUUGCAUUAUGGGAGAAAAGAUUGCCCUGUUUGAAAAACAUCAGUGUUUCUUCUAAAUUGGGUUGGAAUACAGAAAGUGAUGGGGUUGAGGAUUUGGUUUCUGCUAUCGAGGAGCAAGAUGGGAGCUUAUACAUCAGUUAUUAA